ACUUGAAUUUAGUUUCCUUUUGAUGAGGAUAUUAGGAUGUUAAUAUUAAUUAUUAUUUAAGGUCGCCGUGGUGUAAUGGAUAUGGUGUCCGCCUUGCGACCGGGAGGUCACGGGUUCGAUCCCCGCUGUGGGAGCGUUCUUUCGAUCUCCCAUAUAGACACCAAGUACUGGUUCUAGGCCCAGGAAACGGACUCGAGAGCAUUUCAAAUAAGUAGGAAUUACUUUCUAUGCAAUCGAGCUAAAAUAAAUAGGUUUAAACUAAUUAUUAUUAAGUGGAUGAAUAUCGACCAGGAGACAUAUAAUUAAAAGAUGACAAAGUGGCUCUCGUCUUCUGAUGCAUGGCUCUCGUUUUCUGAGGCAUUUUGGGAUUCCGACAUCUGUGGAACAAUAGGAUGGGAUCGGAUAUGCAAGCGCAUGAAGGAUGGCCGUAAGGUGUGCACUGAUGUCGUCCACUACUUGAAGGACAGGGCAAAAGCAGAAUUGGAGUACAGCAGAGCUCUGGCAAAUUUGGCCCGAAAAACUGACUGCAAAGAUGAAACUGGAGGCCUGGGUGAGAGCUGGAGGGUCUUAAAGGACCAAACGGUCAGGAUUGCUGAAGUCCACAAUGAGGCAGCCACCAUGUUUGGCAACCUUGAGCAGGAACUCUCCAAGUUUAAUGAAGACCAGAAAAAGAGUAAACAAGUGAUUGAUGACAAUGUGAAGAAAUAUAUUUCCUUGAAAAGAACAGAACAUCAAAAACUGAUGAAUGUAAUUAAGUUUAUAAAGAAGACGUACAACGACAAGUGCAAGGAAUAUAACAAUGCUGAAGAGCAGUUUAAUGCACAGAAGGCGGCAGUUACUACCAAAAAGAAUGACUUGGAUAAAGCAGAGAAGAAGAAAAUAAAAUGUGAUGCUGACAGAAAAAGUGCAGAUGUCUCCUACAAAAGUGCUGUGGAAACCCUUGAAAAUGUCCGAAUCAGAUGGGAAAACGAAAUGGAAGCAGGCUGCAAUCAAUUUGAAGCCCUAGAGGGAACGAGGAUAGACAAAUUACGGGACUGUCUGUGGAAAUGUACAAAUGUGGACUCGUUAGCAUGUCUGAAACAUGAUGAGUGUAGCGAAGCCGUUCGGUUAAUUCUGGAGAAGUGUGAUGUGUCCAAUGAUCUCCAGGAUUUCAUUUCUACCAACCAAAGUGGCAGCAAACGGCCAGAUCCUGUCCCCUAUGAGAACUACUACAACCCCAUGGCCCUGCCGCCCCACAUUCGCACGCCAAGCAAUGCCCCGCCUCUCCUGCCAGCGGCGAAACCCAUUCGGGCCGGGAUGCCGCCGUCUCCAAACAACAAAAAAAUCUCUAUUUCCGAUGAAAACGAUUACGCGACUGUGUCUGAUGUCCAGCAAACAAGUAACGUAUUGUUGACAGUUGUGAAAGAUUACAGUGCUGUGACCUAUAAUGAAUUGACAGUGAAGAAAGGGGAGCUUUUACAGAAGGCACCAUUUGUUGUUGGACCGCAAGCACCCUCUGGGAUGGUGAAAGUGAAACAUCAGAACAGAGUGGGAUAUGUACCCACAAAUUGUGUUCAACAAUACACCCCUAAACCUUUAAUUGAUUUUGGUGAUAUUUAGCUUUAAAAAAACUGAUAUGAUCACGUGAGGUUGGGCCUCUUUCUGAGCAAACUGGACUUAAUGCAUGUGCAUAAAGUGUCAUAGCAGAUCAGGGAUGACACUUUCUGCCUAAACUGGAAUUUUGCUUGGAGGAGACUUCCUUAAAAUAAAAAUACCAUAAAAGUGGAAAGUGUUAUCCCUGAUUAGCCAGUGUGAAUUGCCAAGGCCAAUAUGUGACAACACUGCACACAUCUAUUUAGCCCCAUUUUCCCAGCGCAAGGCUAAUAUUGGUCAUGCACAAUUGUGGCUACAGUUGCUUGUAAUGUUUGUGGAACUCAAUGACACUAAACUUGCUUUGAUUCAAUUGAUUGGUCAUGACAACUAAAUUGAAAAGACGAAUGUUUGCUUUGUU